AUGAAAGCGGAAAAAGCAAGGGAAGAAGAGCUUUGUCGACAGCGUCAUCGUCGACCAAAACUCGGUUUGUGGUGGUGCGAGGCAACAGUGGAUGUGCACUCAGUCGGGAGCAAUAGAGCUCCUCCAACUGUGACUGUGUUACAUGUUCCUCUCGAAUUAGAUGAUAAUGCCGUUCGUUUUGUAUUGAAAAAGUACGGGAAGGUGCUGGCAGGGAGGUUUCUAACUUUUAAGGACCGUCCAGCACUUCUCAGUGGAGUUCGACAAUACCGGAUGGAGGUUGAAAGUAGUAUCCCUUCUUCUAUAAACCUUGGAGGAAGGAAUUGCUGGGUCAGGUACGAUGGACAGCCCCGUACUUGCUUAAAAUGUGGCCAAAAUGGACACGAAGCGAAGGAGAGCCGUAUUGUAAAGUGUUAUAGAUGCAGAAAGGAAGGACAUGUGGCGAGUGCUUGCAACGAGGAGUUGGCGUGUACUACAUGUGGUAAGACAGGUCACUCAUACAAAGCCUAUCCUAUCAGCUUUGCAAGCAAACUGAAACAGCCAACGUCAUGGGUUAAGGGAGAAGAAACGGUGGAAAAUGGUGGCACGGCAGCCCCGCAAGAUACGGCCCCACCUUCGGCACCCCUUGAGGAAAAGAAGGAGACACAAAGCUUAUGUGAUGAUUCUCAGGAAAGUAGCACCAUGACUAAUCACGCUAAUAAACACGAUCAGGACGACAGUGAACCUAGUGAUGAGGAGAUGGACACCCAGCGAUCCUGGGCUGCAUCUGUGGAAGGGGAGAAGCUAUAUGAUUCGCCGGCCGAAGCUACAACGCCGGCUUCAAAAGGCGCCGCCGACGUUCAGACAGAGGACAACGGGGGCAGAAUCGAGCAUCGUCACCAAAUAGCAGUGGAAUUCAGUAUCUACAAGGACUUUUUGGAACACUUGAACACUAAACAUCCAAAUGCAAGUACCGAACGCUUUCCCUGCCCGAUGAAAAUGUGCAAUAAUAGUUGUAAUAAUCCAAAGGAGUGGCUUAAUCACCUCAGCUCCAAACAUCCUGUCUUUGUGCGCCAGCACGAUAUUCAAUAUUUUGAUAACUAUUUCUUAAGUAGAUAG